UGAAAUAAAUAAAAAUAAAUAAGUUUUCACUAUUAUAAUUUAGAAGAUAAAAUGAAAUUAAUAAAAGAAUGGAUUGAAGAAAAAAUAACGAAUGGGUCUAUUCCUUAUUUUGAAUAUGAUGAAUUUAGUGAAAUCACUGAUCUUGAUAGUGGAAAUUUUGGUCAAGUAUUUAAAGCGAACAAAGGUGAUAUGAAAAUCGCACUAAAAAUUAUUGUUAAUAGAAGCUCAAAAGAGAAAAUAAAUGAAGCCGAUGAUGAAUUUACCAAAGAGUUAAACCUUCUUCACGAGAUUGGUUCUCAUCCAAACAUCAAUGGUUUGCUGGGAAUAACGAAAGGUCCUAAGGAUUAUAUUUUGGUGUUGGAAUACGCUAAUGAUGGAAAUUUAAAGGAUUAUUUGGAAGAAAAAUUUGCUACUUUGAAUUGGAAUGAUAAAAUUAAGAUGGCAUUGGAUAUUACUAGCGGAUUGAAAUUUUUACACUCCAAAGAAAUAAUUCAUAGAGACUUGCACUCAAAGAAUAUAUUAGUGAAUAAAGGAAAAUUGUUAAUUGCAGACUUUGGAUUAUCCAAAAAGUUGGCAGAUGCUAAAACUGGUUCUGUAGCUAAUAAAAUGGGAAUAAUUGGAUAUAUUGAACCACUGUGCUUUAAUAAAACAUAUUAUAAAAAAGAUAAAAAGUCCGAUAUCUAUAGUUUAGGUGUUUUAUUAUGGGAAAUUUCAAGUGGGCAUCCUCCUUUUUCUGGUUGUUCACAAGAUCUAGUUAAUCAUUACAUACAAAAUGAUGAAAGAGAAAAACCAAUUGAAGGUACACCUCCAAAGUAUCAAGAACUUUAUGAAAAAUGUUGGAAUGGUGAACCAAAGUCAAGACUCGAUACUGUAGAAGUAUAUACAAUCUUAAGUCAAUUAAGUACUGAGGAUUUUUCUUAUCUACCAUCUCCGCAACCUGACGAAACUAACCCGAGUGUUGAUAAUAGUUAUGGCUUUCAUAUUUCUACCAAUUUCCUAACUAUACUUUGAUUAAACUCAAUAAUCAAUUAGAUCCCAGGAAUUUAUUAAUAAUUGGUCAUGCAGGUAGUGGUAAAUCCACAUUGUCCAAUGUAUUAAGUAAUAC